AUGCAAAAGACCGUGCAUAAAGCAGCGCCAGAUGACAAAACUCCGCUGCAGGCUCUCUCUCACGGACCCAAUGGCCUGUCCCUUCCAGGUGUACCUCGCUUUGUGAGCUUCUCCGAGCACCGAACCUGGAUACGAGAGCAUCUGGCGGCUGUCUUCCGCCAUUGGAGCCGUGAGGAUUACGUCGAAGGCAUCUCAGGCCACAUCUCGGUCCGCGAUCCAGAGUUUCCCGACGCCUACUGGUUCAACCCUUACGGAGUUCACUUUGGCGUUAUCAAGGCGAGUGACCUGGUGCUGGUCAACGUAGAUGGCAAAGUCAUCGGAGGGAACGAGCAGUGGCCAGUCGUCAACGCGGCCGGGUUCUUGAUACACACUGCCGUUCACAAGGCCAGACCUGAUGCAGCUGCCGUGUGCCAUUGUCACAGCAUUCACGGCAACGCGUGGUCAGUGUUCGGCCGCCGCCUCGAAAUGCUGACACAGGAUACCUGCAAGUUUUACGGCCAAGCUCAGGCUGUGUACGACAACCACGGUGGAGUUGUUCUCGGCCCAGAGGAGGGGGAAAGGAUCGCCGAGUCGUUGGGCCCGAAUGGAAAGGGCCUCACUCUGCGAAAUCACGGGUUACUUACAGUCGGCCAGACGGUUGACGAGGCUGCUUUUCUUCUGACGUCCAUGGAGAGGAGUUGCAAGGUUCAGCUGCUUGCCGAGGCAGCUGCCGCCAAUGGACUACCCAAGCAGGUCAUUUCGGACGAGGAGGCCAAGUUCAACUACGAGGCGGAGAGCGAUGCUGACUUGUGCUAUGCCGAGUUUCAGGCAUACUAUAAUUUGGAGGACUGCCCACCCACCCCCCUUGCUUCUCUAGGCCCAGAGACUGACGCAUAG